UCUGUUCUGUUUCCUGCUGUGAGACUCUCACCUUGCAGCAGCACAGGUUUAAGCCUGAGAUUCAACCAUGCCUUUGGCUAGACUUCCUGACUGGCUGUGUGUUGUAGCCUAUGCGCUCCUUCUUCUCCUCCAGCAUGUUCAUGGCCAGGACUCAGACAGCCCCAUCAGGAACACACACACUGGCCAGGUGAGGGGCAGCUUUGUCCACGUGAAGGACACUAAAGCUGGUGUUCACACCUUCCUGGGAAUUCCCUUUGCCAAGCCUCCUGUAGGACCACUGCGCUUUGCACCUCCUGAGGACCCUGAGCCAUGGAGUGGUGUAAGGGAUGGAACCUCAGAGCCUGCCAUGUGUCUGCAGACGGAUAUGAUGAAUUCAGAUGUUUUGAAGGAGAUGAAGGUGACCAUGCUUCCCAUCCCUAUGUCUGAAGACUGCCUGUAUCUCAACAUCUACACACCAGCCCAUACCCAUGAGGGCUCUAACCUGCCUGUGAUGGUGUGGAUCCACGGUGGUGCACUGGUUCUAGGAUGGGCUUCUAUGAUUGAUGCAUCCACGCUGGCAGCUACUGAGGAAAUAGUAAUUGUCUCCAUCCAGUAUCGCUUGGGUAUCCUUGGUUUCUUCAGCACUGGAGACCAGCAUGCCAGAGGCAACUGGGGAUACCUGGACCAAGUGGCUGCCCUACGCUGGGUGCAGAAAAAUAUCGCUUACUUUGGAGGCAAUCCUGACAGGGUCACUAUAUUUGGUGAAUCAGCAGGAGGCACAAGUGUGUCUUCCCAUGUUGUGUCCCCAAUGUCCCAAGGACUCUUUCAUGGAGCCAUUAUGCAGAGUGGAGUGGCCCUGCUGCCUGGCCUCAUCUCUGACACUUCUGAGGGGGUCUACAAU